CAAGCGUCAAAAUGUCAGUUUGUUGCCAGUUGCCAGCAUAACAUGGCACACAGUAAACGUAGCAGAGAGAUCUGCAAUGUUUUAUUUUUAUGUGUGGCAUGGUACAUUGUCAGCUCAACGAAUAAUGUUAUCGGUAAAACUGUGCUCAACGAGUUUCCAUAUCCGCUGACCAUGACCAUGGUCCAGCUGCUCAGCAUUACCAUUCUCAGUGGACCCCUUUUCAAUUUGUGGGGCAUUAGGAAGUAUGUGGACAUUUCUUGGAACUACUACUGGAAAUUGAUCGUUCCAUUGGCUUUCGGCAAGUUCAUGGCCAGUGUGCUUAGCCAUGUGAGUAUUUGGAAAGUGCCAGUUUCUUAUGCCCAUACAGUUAAAGCGACCAUGCCCCUGUUCACCGUGAUUUUAUCCAGGCUAAUCAUGGGCGAAAAGCAAACACUGAAAGUGUACAUCAGCUUAAUUCCCAUUAUUGGGGGAGUUGCUAUUGCCACACUGACCGAGAUUAGCUUCAACAUGGUUGGAUUAGUUUGCGCUUUAAUCUCGACUGCUGGUUUUUCACUUCAGCACAUAUUUUCCAAAAAAGUAUUAAAAGACACCAAAGUGCAUCAUUUACGGCUGCUCCAUAUCUUGGGAAGGCUUGCCUUGAUCAUGUUCUUACCCAUAUGGCUUUAUGCAGACUUUUUAAAUGUGAUCCAGGACAAAGCUAAGACUUAUCAAAACUACCGUAUUAUUAUUCUGCUUUUCCUGGAUGGAGUGUUAAAUUUCCUUCAGAACGUCAUAGCCUUUAGUGUUCUUCACAUGGUUACGCCGCUCACAUACGCUGUAGCCAAUUGCAGCAAACGGAUAUUUGUGAUUGGACUGUCCCUUUUUAUUCUUGGAAACCCCGUAACUUCCAUGAAUGUGCUGGGAAUGUUUAUGGCGAUAUUCGGGAUGCUUUACUAUAACAAGGCAAAAUACGACCAGAGACAGGAGGAAAAGGAGUCGAUCCUGCCUUACGCCCAUGACUGGCAACAGGAUAAAAUCGCUUACCCGAUUACUCAAAACGGGACUAAAUACACGAACGGAUUGAGUAAUGGUGAACUAAACAAUUUGAAUAAUAAUUUCAGUUACAAUUCAAGGACUAUACGGUCGAAAGGCAACUUGUUGCUGUCGUAGGAAAAUUCUGUGUGUUUAGGUGUGCUUUUUGAGCUGUUGACUAAUGUUUAAGGUAAGCAUUGUGGGAAUGGUUUGUUUCGUCUUGAUGGGAUUUUGCGUUAGAUCAAUUGAAAUGAUAAGCUGGUACUUAAGCAAACAGUUGAUAUUUACAGUUCAUGCUCAAGGUACUAAAGUUAACUACCUUAGUAGCUAGUCGAAAUAAUGAAGAUUUAGUGCUUCUAGUAUACAUAAUGUACAUACAAUUAUUUAUUCAGUAUUUUAAGUGACAAAGCCAUUAGUUUUUUAUUUUUGUUUUUUGUGUACAGUGUGCACGAUGAAAGGAAGACAUUGAUUUCAAAUUUAAGCCGCAACAUUUUCGAUUUCUACUCCUAUAAGUUCUGAAUAGUUUUUCCAGUAACAAUUUUAGUAACGAGCUAAACAUUUCCUUAAAAAAGGCUCGAUGUGUUGCCAAUUUUUUCUUGUUGCUCUGUUGUUUUUCCUUAAGCCUGCGAAUAUUAAUUGGUCUUUUCGCAUAAGCAGUAAAUGUUAUGAAAAUAGUUUCAUAAGGAAAACAUUUAAAUAAGUUUCUGAAUAAAUAUGAAAUUGUUCCAAGAGUAAAGAAGCUUUUUUUUGGAUGAAAUCGAAAACAGUUAAAGGAAGAAACAGUCAACAUGUUUUCAAACCCUAACUUUGGUUGACGCUUGAGUCUUAAACCUUUUAUGAAAAAUCAU